UGUUCAGUAAAAAUAUUUAGGAGAACAGCAGAAGUGGCAGUAACCAGUGUGUAACCUUAGAAGCAAUUUUAUUAAAACUGCACAACAUGGCUGAAAGAAAUCCAUCAUCAGGAGUUGAACAGGACCCUCAAGAUGAUAAUGCAAGUAAUCCAUCAAGUUCUACCAAAAACAAAAUUGAUGUCUCAAAGAUAGACACAGACUCAAUGAAAACUUUCAAAAAGCUCCUCCAAGAAAAAUAUAUUUCAACAGAUGUUAACAUACUAGUCAUUGGAAGAACAGGUCAAGGAAAGUCUGCACUGAUCAAUAGUCUCAUUGAGCUGGGAAGAAAAAUUGUACCAGAAGGACCACGAAGUGCACGCUGUACCAUGAAAUCACAGUCUUACACCUACCCAAACAUCAUUCCUGAUGUCAAUGUCACAAUAAUCGAUUCUCCUGGUCUGCAAGAUACUCAAAACAAAGAGCAUAAAUACAUUCAAGAAAUGAAGAAUGAGUGUAGUGAGAUCAGUUUGGUCCUCUACUGCAUUAAGAUGACCGAUCAUAAAUUCACAAAUGAUGACAGAGUUGCUAUAAAGAAGCUCCAUCAAGUGUUUGGUCAAGAAAUCUGGGAGAGAGUGGUGUUUGUCCUAACCUUUGCAAAUUUGGAACCAUUAGACAAAUGGGAUGAAAGAGAUAAAGAUGACAAAAGUGAAGAACCUGAUGAAGAAGAUGAAGAUGCUUGGAAAGAACUGAGAAAAAAACGACUAGCGGGUAGAGUUCAACUUUGUAAAAAAGAAUUGAACACAACUGUUAAUGAACUCCUGCUAUCACUUGAUUCAGGGAGGCAUCAAGAAGCAGCUCAAAAUAUAAAAUUUGAAGUCCUUCCAGCUGGGUAUUAUGUCCCCAAACAUGAUUGUGCUCUUAGUGGAGUCAACUGGCAACAUAAUCUUAUUGCUUUAUGCUGCGAUACAGCAAAGCACAAGCAAAAAUUGAAACUCAACAAAAAGAUAUAUUUAGCUGUUAUCAUUGAUAAUCGUGGAAAGGUCAAGGUGGAGAAUGAAGAAAGGAUAUUAAAUGAUGAAGCAGCAGCUCUUAAAAAAGCUUUUGAAGAUCUCAAGUUUGCUGUUCUUUACUUUAACAGCCUCUCCUCAGAAUCAAUAGCUACUUUGCUUGAAGCAAUAAGCAAAGCAGAUCAUUCCCAAUUACUGAUGAUAGCUCUAGUAUUUCUUAGUAAAGGGAAGACAUCUGAGCUUUAUGAUGCUGAUGGUGUGGCAAUGCUUUAUGCAGCUGUGUUUGAUCAUUUUUCAGAAUGUCCAAUACCAGUUAUAUUCUUUUUUGAUUCAGCAAAUGGUGAUAUACAGAAAAAGAAAAAUUCCACAGCCAAUGAAACACCAAAUGCAAGUGAUGAUGAUGUAGAGAAUGAGAAUGAUUCCACAGAUGAUGAUAUAUCAAAUGAGAAUGAAGAUGAUGUGCUGUUACAGAGCAAGAAUGAUUCUGCAAUCGAUGAUAUAGGUGUACAAAAUUCCAUAGCUGAUAACACACCUGAUAUCAGUUUGGCUCCACUUAAUUGCCCCAAAAAUUCUCUAGUUCUUGCUGCUACACACAAUUCAGCAUCAUCUCCUGUAGUGAAAGAGUUUACAGAAAAGCUGAGCCACACCAGUGUCCAAGAAUGCUUUGAAACAAUAUGUGCUAAUAAUAAUAGCACUACUGUGAAAAGCAUAUGGCAUGACACUGUUGGGGAUAACUUAUUUAUUGUCAAAUCAACUAAUGACAGCAUUGAAACUCAUAAACAAAAAUUGGAAGUAUACCAUUCAAUAUGGUACCCAGUCCGUUGCAAGACAAUAGACAAGUUGGAAGAAAGCAGGGGAGGAAUCAUGUCAGUAGUACGUAAGGCAAGUAAAGCUCAAAUAGCAACUACUGUUUCUGGCAUCAUAGUAGGUAGUGGUCUAGCUAUAACAGGAAUAGCUCUCGUUCCAUUCACGUUUGGUGGGUCUAUUGCUAUAUCUGCACUAGGUGGUGCUGUAGGGGCAGGGACAGUUGCUGGUGGUGCACGUUUUGCUGCUUUCAUUGCGGCAAGAGUCCUUAAAAAGAAAAAGUUAAAAAAAACACAACAGCAUAUCAACCUUGAUCAGCAAAUUAGUUUGAUGAUAAAUGAAGAAGCCUUAGAAUAUAAUCAAAUGAUGACAUCAGCUGUAUCUCAUGUGCCACAGAGCACAGCUGCAUCUCAAGUACCAGAAUCUUCAGCAAGCAGUUUACAAGGUGCAGCAGCCAUUGGUAGAGAUGCAACUGCAGGUUUUGCAAUUGCAGAGGGUACAGCAGAAACAAUUGGAACUGCCCUAUACACUGCUGGCCCUGUUGCUGGAAUGGCUUUAGCUGGAACCGCAUUAGCUGUAACAAUACCAAUUGAUAUUGAUUCUAUUAUAUAUCAUAGCUACAACAUACACAAAGCAAAAAAUGACCCAACUGGAAGAACAGCAAGCAAUAAAGCAGUGAAAAUGUUAAAUAACACAAUAGAAGGAUUGCUCAAAGGCAUGUGUCAUGCAAUUGAUGAAGUUGAGUAUGAAGUUCAAACUGGGAAAAAUAAUCUAAGAGAUGAUAAAUGUGGCUAUGAAAUUGAGGUGCCAGUAAAAGAUAAGGAAAAGUUUGCAGUCACAGUUCGCACUCUUUUCUCUGGUCCAUUUGUCUAUCCUAAUGGGUAUACUCUUGUAAGUGCUGUAUAUGAUAUCACAAUGCCAGAGCUACCUCAACCAGCAACCAUUAAGCUGGAGCAUUGUGUUGAUGAAUCUGAUCAGACUAGACCAGAUUUGUGUUUUGCCAUUGGCAGCGUUGACUUGAAGGAAAAAAAAAUAACAAUCAAAGAAGUUGAUCAAGAGUUUAAUGAAUCAAUUCAACAAAAAAGUAGCUGCCUAUUAUGCAUAUUGCACAAGAAAACAUUGCAAAACAAAGAAGUUGUGAGAUAUGCUGCUCAAUGUUUUUAUGACAGAAAAUACAAGAACUUUUGGAUUCUAAAUAUAGUCUUUACAAAGCUACUCAGUGCUAACUUCAAGUAUGCUCAAAAAAGAUUUGGUUUUGAAGGCUCAUGCAAUUUAUUUUUCUUUGAUUCUUACAUGUUCUCUCUUGACCUAACUUGCUUUAAAGAUUCACAUGAGUUCUCAGGAUGGAUGGUAUCGCCAAAUGAUGAUGAAGAAAUGCCCAGCAUUAUAUCAAUGGAAGACAUUUAUAGUGCUGAAUUGAGGGAAGGGAGUGCUAAAGUGCAUAAAAAAGCAUUUCCCUCAAUCAGUUUAUAUGUUUAUAUUUUCGAUGAAAAAAUUGCUACUGAUGAAAUAGAUGUGUCAUUCAAAAUUGGAGGAACAAACUUAAGCAUUAAUAUCAAUCGUCAAAAAGAAUAGAUUUGUGCUUUAGUGAUAAUUAUUAAAAUGUACUUUUAAUUAUUUGAAUUGUGAUGAUUACUGUAUAUACAUGUAGAAUUGUAGAUAGGCCAAGCUGGUAUGAUUUUAUUAUUUUGUGUGCAUUACAUAUUAUGAAGUACAGAAUUUAAUUCUCAAUAACUUUGUUAUUUUCAAUCAAA